UUUAUGACUGAAAACAGUAAGAGUGAGGAAAAAAGGAUGCUUUGCUUAGCUUGGCUUAAAUGGUAAGAGAUUCUACUCACUGAAGUCUUAUGGAAAAAACACAAGAUCAUUUGCUUUAAUUUAUUCCCCUCUUCAUUAAUCAAAUUAAAAACACAGAAAAAACAAAAAUUUUGGUUGGAUAGUUUUUGAUCUUCAGUCCCACAAUCGAGCACAGUACACGUGUCUGCGUACUUCUUAUAGCUUCUUUCUUCCCUUCUCCCUUAUUUUUGUGCUUUUCUUUGGCUAGUUUUCUUUCAGCCUGCUUCAAACACUCGCUGUAGGUUGCUGACUUUGUUCCUUUUGUUUCUGUGUUUUUUUUUAAGGUGGUAUUUUUGUUUAAUUUUCUUGUACAAUUGUUUUUUUUCCUUUUCUGUUAUUUCUGGGGACCGUAGAUUCUGCCUUUGUUGCUCAAUUCGACAUGUUAUUUCCCUUCUUUGAGUGUUGCUAUUGGUUGAAAAGGGUGUUUUUUAUUUGUUAACUUAUAACUUUUAUGUGGUGAUGUUCAUGUUUUAAUUUAACUUCCUGACUUUUACUUCAGGUAGGUUUCAUCAUUAUUUUUUUUUUUCUAGCUAAAUUGUUUAUAUGUUUGUUUCAUUGCUUUUUCUUUGCUGGUUUCUAUCUGGGUGUGGAACAUAUGUUUUUAUGUAUAUUUAAUUUUGAUUACUGGAAGUCAAACUGCUUCAUUUCUGGUUGUUGUUUGUUUCAAGUUUUUACUGUUUACAUUCUUUAGUUAUCGUCUUCCUGGAUCAUCUUAUGCUACAUAAAAGUUGAAUUCUCUCAGGGUUAUACUUAUUUUGCGGGAUAAUAUCCUAUAAUUCAGUUCAUAUUGGUUACUGACUUUGGGGUUUAUGUGAUUUUGUUUGUUAUAUUUAACACUGGAUCGACUCCAAAAUUGGGUUUUUUCUGUAAUUGGGAAAUCUGUAAAAUGACUUCCUUUAGGUGCUUCCAAUUCUGAAUGUGCUUGACUCCCUCCAGAAAAAUACAAGUGGUUCUUUUUGUUUCACUAAGAAAUUGAGCGAGUCCAAUUAGCAAUUUUGUUCCUAGUAUACAUUUAUUGUUUUUGGUCACAACUGGGUUUGACAACUAUCUUUGUAAUGUAAGAAAGCUUUCUAGAGGAUGGAUUAUGAUCAUGAAUACCAUUUAAUGUUAAUCAGAUCAAAGUCAUCACAAAUGCUCUGAUGUCAUUUUGUUGUAUGGAGUUUGGAAACUUUUUGUUACUUGAAUUUUUCUAGUGCAUGACUAGAAUUGCAAUGAAACUGAAUUUAUAAGCAUACAUAAAAAGAAAUAUCAAAUCUAGCACAUCUAGUUCUUCAGACUUUUUUAGUUGUCAAUUGGUUUGACUCUUUCAUUCCUUGGUGGGUUGCAUCAUCAAUUGGCAGGCCAAGUUUUCUAUGAACGUCAACAUUCUAUGCUGAGAAGGAAGAAUAGCCCUGAAGAAGUUUCCUCCUGUAUCAUGAGCAGUAAUUCCCCUGUUUCCCUUAAAUAUCAGAAGGGAAAACCCAAUGUACUUGUUGAGGUUUCUAAUACAGAGAAACAGUUAUGGACAUUGAUCCAUUCAAAAGGUUUAUUGUGCUCAGAUGUUCAACAGUUAUACCGCAAAGUCUGCUCAAGUUAUGAGAAAAUUGUUCUGAAUGAUUACGAUCAGGCAGAGCUUCAGGAUGUUGAAUUUUCUCUCUGGAAGCUUCACUAUAAGCACAUUGAUGAAUUCCGCAAAAGAAUAAAGAAAAGUUCUGGUAAUUCAGAUAAUUCAACACUUGCCGUGUUGCAAAGCAGUGCAAAUGAGCAGAAAAGCAAUGGCAAUCACAUAGAAGGAUUCAAAUCAUUUUUGUCAGAAGCAGUUGAAUUUUAUCAAAAUUUGAUAGUAAAAAUUAGAAGAUGUUAUGGGCUUCCAGAAGAAUAUUCCUUCUUUGAAAAAGAUGGCAUCUCUAUGACUGCUGAACCAAAAAAAUUGCAAAAAUGCCAAUUUUUAUGCCAUCGCUUUUUAGUUUGUCUUGGAGAUCUUGCCAGGUACAAAGAGCAGUAUGAAAAAUUUGGUUCAGAGGAUCACAACUGGUCAGUUGCUGCUACCUAUUACUUGGAAAGUACUAUGAUUUGGCCAGAUAGUGGAAACCCCCAAAAUCAGUUGGCAGUGUUGGCAACUUAUGUUGGUGAUGAGUUCCUUGCCUUGUAUCACUGCAUAAGAAGUUUAGCUGUUAAAGAACCUUUUCCUGAUGCUCAUGAUAAUCUCAUUUUACUGUUUGAAAGGAAUAGGUCAUCAGAUUUGCAUUCCCUUUCUCCAGAGGCCUUCUUUGAUUUCUUAAAACCAUCAGAUAGAAGCAGUGGUCAGAUUAGAUCACAAUUGAGUAGUGAUGUUUCAAAUUGCAAUAUGUUGAAAGCUGAAAAUAUUUGCUCUGGGGAUAAACCUUUGUGGUCACUCAUCAUCAGAACAGUGAGCUUCUUUUUCAUAAAAUCCAGUUUGGAGGACUUCCCCUCUGCUUUUGCAUCUAUGAUAGGAGAGUUGGACUCACUGCUGGAACUAGAUGAUACAAAUCUAGUUGCUAUGUUGACUUCCUAUGAGCUGAUGGGUUCAGCUAGAACAGGCCCCUUCAGAGCCCUUCAAGUUGUUUCUGUAUUUGUGUUUAUUUUGCAGAAGGUAUUUAGUGGCAGUGAAAUGAAAUCGCCGGAAGACAAAAAUUAUUUACAGGAGCUUGAGUUGACAAGAUUUGCAUUGACUGUCGCAUUCAUUUUCAUUGGGCGCCUUGUUGACAGGUGUUUGAAGUCAAAUCCAUUGGAUUCUUGUCCCCUUCUGCCUGGUGUACUUGUAUUUCUGGAGUGGUUGGUUGGCAUGUUUGAUGAAGUAGAAGCACAUGGGAUUGACGAUAAAGUUCACAGUGCUAUGUCUUACUUUUUUGGUGCUUUGGUUGGCUUUCUACAGCAGUUGAAUUUUAAGGGUGAAGUGUCAAAUCCUGGAAGGACUGCUCUGUGGGAGGACUAUGAGUUGAGGGGCUUUGCGCCAUUAUCUUGUUCUCAUGUGUCAUUAGAUUUCUCAACUGAUUGUGGAUGUGUAGAGACUUUUGAAAGUGGAACUAAAUGUCGUGCUGACCGAAUAAUUCAUGCUGCAAUGAAGAUUGCAUACCGAACAAAUGGUUCUCAAAGGUGGAUGAUCUAUGACAAAGCAGAAACAAAAUUCUAUGCGGCAGGUUCAAAUGUAAACUCAGACAGACAAAAGAUAGAAGUAGAGUUGACCACUGAUCUUAAAGUGAAAGAGCCUCCACUAUCUGUAUCUGAGUCCACAGAGGGUUGUGAUAAACAAAGCCUUGGGGAAAACUCAAGCAGCUCUUUUGUGGAUGACAAAUCCGUUGCCGUGGAAGAGGAAGAAGUCAUUGUUUUCAAACCUCUUACAAGAUAUAAUUCUGCACCACUCUAUCCUUCUAUCUAUCAAAAAGAGUCAGAAUCUCUAAAGGACAUAGAGGAGCAGAAUGUAUCUCCUGAUGACUGCUUGCGUCGUGCCACAUCGCUGCUUAUAGCACAAAACCAAAACCAGGGUGAUCCUUCAGAGUUUCAUUCUGACAUCACUAAUUUCAGGCCCAGCAAACCAUUUAGGCAGCUGGAGUCCCCUCUUGUAAAGGAAAAUGGAUCACACUCAUUUUUUCAAACCCCUGUCUCUGCUGGGCCUCCUUCCCUCAGUGCUUGGGUCUUUGAUAGAAGAAUUGCAGAUAAUGAUACAGAAAAAGGGAGAAGUGGUAUAAAUAAACCUGGCUUGAGCCCUAUCGACGAAAUAGCUUCUAUUUCUUUAUCUGGUCUUUCCAUUAGAGGAAAUGAAGAAUCUGUCAUUUGUUCUAAGCAAGAUUAUGCAAGUAGCUAUUUCUCAUCUCCUUGUUCAGCUCCAUUGCCUUCUGCCCCAUUGUUGCCUGACAAUGUUGCUUGGAUUGAUUCUGUUCGGCCUAAUUUUUCCAACUUCAAUAAUACAGGGACCAUCAAUAGAACAGGUUCUGAUGCUGAUGCUUUACAGUUAAGCAACAAUCCAACUUGGUGUGCUACUCGUGGUCCACUUGAUUAUGGUUCUGCCAUUCCUGGUUUCAUGGAUGGAUACCCUCCAUUUCGUGGACUGUCUUCUUCUGAAUGGCUUCGUCAGUACAGAGAAAAUCACAAUCUUGAUAGGGCCCAUAGCCAUUCAUGGCCCCUUCAUUUUUAUGCUCCCAGGAACUCUGGCAUCGUCCAUGGUCAAGAUACUUCCUGGUAUGAUCCUUCUAAUCAUUGGCAAGCUCCUUCUGCUUCAAACCAGAUGAUUUACACUGAGAGCACACCAUUGCAUCCAGGGUACGCCCAAGUUCAUGAUCUAGAUGAACACAGAAGGGAUAAGCUGUUUCAUGGUUACCAAAGGGCACCUCCUUAUGGCUGUGGUGUUGCAACAGACUUGAGAGAUGAGCCACAGCCGCUGUUGCAGUAUCUGAAAGAGAAUGAAUGGUUACUCCAUUGGGAUCCAACCCUUAGAGGUCCUUCAUAUACGGGAAACUGAAAUUUCUACACUCGUUGAUAUGAGCAUAUUACUGGUAUAGUAAGUCAAUUCUAAGAAGUUUACAAGGCUGCAUGGAUAAACUAUCUGAGAAUAUUUAUGUUGUACUUUGAUACCUGAAAUAGGUGUUAAGUCAAAGAAUGUUUGUAGAGAAAAUCUUACUCUCCACGUAUCAUGUAGAUGAUUUUGUAUAACUUUUAUACUCUUACUGUUCAGAUUCGAUUUUCUUCUUCCUUGUAAGAAUUGACACUUUGUUCAGCAAUUUGAAGAAUCAUACUUUGCCCUGA